AUGAGUGAGGAGAAGAAAACGAUUGUGAGGGAUUUGGGAUUCGGUGGCUUGAUGCACAUCCCACCACAAAGGGUGCAUCACCAAGUGUUAAGGGAGCUGGCUAACAACUUCAAAUUAGGGGAGAACAGACUGGAAACCGGAUACGGCAAGAAGAGGGCUGAAAGACUGCCAAAACCCUGGAUUGCCAACUGGAGUAAGGAGCAGUUGGACGAAAGAAUGACGACGGAAAGAGAGAAAAAUAUGUGUUUUUUCUUUGCUAAUAAUUGUUUCUUGUUUCGCAGGGAGAAGGAAGCUGACCUGCGAUCGACAGAAGGUCGCUAUGUCUCCUCUGAAACAAUACCGGACGUGAACUUGGGAAGUGAUGAUCCUUCCUCUCAAGGACACACAGAACAAAGUAGUGUAAACAGGCCGGCAGAGAGCAUGUUGAGUCUGGUUCUAGAGUCAGCCAGUGAGCCGGCUGAUUCGAAUAUAAUGGUUGUGAGGGAAGAGACACCGUCGGAAGGGCUUGCAAUAGUUCCGAUUCAAGUUUUUGUGCUAGUGUCCCAAACAACCACUGUGCCAGAAUUUGAAGAAACACCUGAGACAGAUUUUGAACGAACCCUUCUGCUACAAAUUGAAGGAACUAUAAAAACUUUGGGUGUAUAUUGUUCCUGA